AUGUCUUCGCAUCUAUGGCCGACGAAUGAAACAUCAAAAGUCAAUGCACUAUGGUUUCGACCAUUACAACCUGUUCGAGAAGACGUUAGUUUGGCUAAAUUCGAAGACAUACUCGAACAAGAACGACGCCGUUAUGUUGAAAAAGGUUUAAAUUUACCAUUUCAUGGACGAACUGAAAUGGAUAAUGGCGAUGACGAUGAAGAUGGUGAUGAAGCUGAAGAGGAGAGCGAAGGUGGCGAACAAGAUGAUGAAAUGGAUGCUCAACAAGGUGCCGGUUCGCCAGGAAACGGAGCAAACAUUGCUGGUGGAGUGUCAUAA